AUGAUGAGGAUAUAUGCCCCAACUUGGGAAAUCCAAGACAACAUGUUUGAGGUAUUGAAUAUGAAUGUAAUCUCUGACAAAGGCAAUUUGACUCCUGAAAUUGGUUUGGAAUUUAACACACUCGAUGAGGUUUGGAAUUACUGGAUUGAUUAUGGCAAACAUAUGGGAUUCUCUGUUAGAAAAGCGUUUGUGAAUAAAAGUAAAAAAGAUGGACGGGUUACUACGAGGGGUUUUGUGUGCUCGAAAGAGGGUGUGCGGAGAGUAGACCAACGUCAACUCAAUCCUGAUAGUCAUAGAGAUGAGACAAGGACCAAUUGUACUGUGAAAUUGUCUCUUUCAUUGGUGCAGGAUAGUGGAAAGUAUAGGGUUUAUGAAUUUGUGGCUGAGCAUAACCAUCUCCUACAUCUAGCAAACACCACAUAUAUGAUGAGGUCACAAAGAAACAUCUCUGAGGUGCAAGGUUUUGAGAUAGAUUUGGCAUGUAGUGCCGGCAUUAAGCUUAAGAAGGCACAUGAGUUGAUGAGUAGACAAGCUGGUGGGAGAAGCAACCUUGGCUUCACCAAAGAUGAUCAAAAAUACUACCUCAGAACAAAAAGGGAAAAGGAUAUGGAGUAUGGUGAAGCUGGCUCUAUUCUCAGGUAUUUUCAGGAAGAGACUAUUAAAAACCCUUCUUUUAACUAUGCUGUUCAGUUAGAUAAUGAGGAACAAAUUACGAAUAUAUUUUGGGCAGAUUCUAGAAUGCUUAUUAAUUACAUUUACUUCAGUGAUGUGAUUAUUUUUUAUACAACCUAUGGUACUAACAAAGCCUUGAGACCUCUAGCUGUUUUUACUGGUUUUAAUCACCAUAGAGGUAUUAUAGUUUUUGGGGCUGCACUUCUAUAUGAUGAAACAAUAGCAUCAUUUAAGUGGCUUUUUAAGACAUUUUUAGCUGCACACAAGGAAAAAAUGCCUCAAACAAUUUUUACAGAUCAAGAUGCUGCGAUGGCUAAGGCAAUAAAUGAAGCGAUGCCAAACACAUUUCAUGGUUUAUGCAGUUGGCACAUAAUGCAAAAUGCCAUUAAACAUUUGGCAUUUUUGCAAAAGGGUGAUUCUACUAUUCUGGAAGAUUUUGCGAAGUGCAUGUUCCACUAUGGAAAUUCUUUUGAAUUUGAAGAGGCUUGGGAUGCCAUGAAUGAUAAAUACAACACUCCUGAAAAUAGUUGGUUGCAGGGAAUUUAUUGCUUGAAGAAGAAGUGGGCUAAAUGCUAA